AUGGACCCUAAAUUUUUGGAAAAUCAAUCGUAUGAUUUAACCGAAAAAUCAGACAUAUACAGCUUGGGAGUAUUGUUCUGGGAAUUAACAAGUUGUUCAUCACCUUUCAAUUUUGAAAAAACAGGCGAUACUUCUAUCCAGAUUGAAAUUCUUAAAGGUGUAAGAGAGUUACCUAUUCCAACCACAAAUCGUGAAUUUGUUAGACUUUAUCAAAAAUGUUGGCAUAAUAAACCAGAUGAAAGACCAGAUAUUAAACAAGUAAUUUCGGUACUUAGUAAUAUUAACAAUUCUGAAGAAAGUGUAAGAAUUGAAGAACUAGAAAAUGAAGAAUGUGAAAGCGCAGAAUUGGAAAAAAAAGAAAUUGAAAAAACAGUUGUAGAUUGUGAUAUAUCUAGAUAUGACAAAAUUUAA